AUGACCCCACCGAAUGAAGAGAAACGACCGUCUCGCACGGGACGCUCGGGAUUAUCCCUCGAGAUUCUAUUGUGGGUCUCUAAGAAACAUCGUCGGGCUGGCUGGCUGUCAAAGCAAAUAAAUGUCUCUCUUCACUCUCUUCCCUCACCGACUUUUGUCGUCAUGCCGCGCCGGCGCUAUAAACACGACGAGCCUCUAAGCGCGCUGCCAGUCAACACUACGCCCCUGAAACAAGAGUUGAGGAUGAAGUUUGCUGCAUUAGCAGUAUUGGCUCUCGUUGGGUUAUCGAACGCCCUCGAAAGAGAGCAGGACUUCGGUGUCGAAUCAUCACCCGCAGAAGAAAGCACCGUCCGGACUCCGGUGACGACUGUCAAACCCAAUGUCAGAGACGAUGACGACGACGACGACGACGCCGAUGACGAAGCGCGUCCGACCGAAUGCUCAAAUUUCCUCUGCUCCGCGAUGUGUCGCCGAUCGGGCUGUCAGGACGCGAUCUGUCUAUCCAACAAUCGCUGCGGAUGUCUUUGCACCCGGCAAAUAAGCCCACGGGAAUUCUUCCGGAGUAUUUUCGGUAACGGAUACACGCCACGAUUCAAUCAGAACGUGCCUAGUUUCCCUCGGCUCUUCGAUUUCCCCACGAUGCCCAGAUUCGAAGAUCGGUUCCGAGAUAUAUCGAAACUUCUCGAGACACUCGGCAAGAACGACGGCUCGAGCUCAAAGGUGUACUACACCAUGCAACACACUUGUGAGCAAGCGGAAGACUGUUCCCACGUGUGCUCGAAUUGCACGACGUCAACGUGCGAGAAGAACUACUGCCAAUGCCUCUCCUGCAGUAAUCGGGACGCGGUGGAGCCUCGCUCUUUGGGCAGACCGCAAGAAACGUGCAGCGUCGCGCAUGAAUGCGAUGAUAUGUGCAAGGGCUGCGUGAAAGUCGGCUGCCGCUACGGUAAUUGCCAGUGCGGUCAGUGUGAGGCGUCGAAGCCCACUGAAGCAUCCGUCGCAACUACCACCGAGGCAGAAGCUGCGGAUGACCUCGGAACUACCCCGUCCUCGGACCUUGAGGAAACCUCCACGGUCUCGGUCGAUGUUUUCCGGCUCCGACCUCGAACCAAUGAGACUCGCGAUGACGUCACACUCAAUGGCAAAUGCGUUCCGAAGAGGUGCAACCACGCCUGCUGGGAGCGUCAGUGUACCAAAUGGACUUGCGCGAACAACCGAUGCGAUUGUGAUGGUUGUCCCGAAGACAUGGCUGUUGUCGUCCGGAACUCAGACGGCAGAUCCGGAAAACCCGAGGACACGGACAAGUAUGAGAUCAUUUUCUAGGUGAUAGCCACGAAUCGUUGAGCCGCAGAAAGGCCGAUACUCUAAAUCACAAGUCGAAAUAUCUCGACUUUCUCCGGCGGCAAUCGAGACGAUGAUCGGUGUCCGCUGGAAUCCGUUUGGUACAACUCUCUGAGAACAAUCGAGGUAAACAGUAAAUGAGCUCAAGACAAGGAGCCUGCGGCUGAUCCCGAAACUGCUCGAAGGUCACGCUGUUUUCGAAAGGUAUAACAUCGAUAAUGAUCGAAUAAAAAGCAAUGGUCCCUCAGAUGUAAA